AUGCCGGAGGGAGUGGCCAAGGAGGCCAAGGAUGAGAAGGCCAAGGCCAAGGAGUCGCCCAAGAGGAGGAGCGGGAACCUCGCCAGGAUCAAGGUGGAACUACUCGAUGGCUCAACCAUGGACCUUGAAGCUGAUAGGAAGAUCCGUGGACAUGACCUUCUCAGCAAGGUCUGUGAUAGUCUGAACCUGGUGGAGAAAGACUACUUUGGUCUACUGUACGAAGACCGUGGCGACCCGAGGGUCUGGAUAGACCUUGACAAGAGAGUCUCCAAGAUGCUGAAACAUGAGCCGUGGGAAGUGAGGUUCGCUGUAAAGUUCUAUCCUCCCGAACCUACACAGUUGCAGGAAGAACUUACGAGGUACCAGCUGGUACUGGCCAUUAGGAGGGACCUGCUGGAAGGUCGUCUUCCAUGUUCGACGGUGACCCACGCGCUGCUGGCCAGCUACCUGCUGCAGUCCGAGCUGGGUGACUACGACCAGCCGGCUCCGGGGCUGUGCAAGCAGCUCAAGCUGGUCCCGCCCGCCGCCUGCACGACCGAGCUGGAGGAAAAAGUACUGGAGUUAUACAAGACGCACAGAGGUCAAACGCCAGCGGAGGCCGAGUUGAACUAUCUUGAAAACGCCAAGAAGUUGGCCAUGUACGGCGUGGACCUGCAUCCUGCCAAGGACUCAGAGAAUGUUGACAUCACGCUGGGGGUCUGCUCCUCCGGACUAUUGGUGCAUAGAGAGAAACUCCGUAUAAACAGGUUCGCGUGGCCGAAGAUAUUAAAGAUCAGCUACAAGCGGCACAACUUUUACGUGAAGUUGCGGCCCGGCGAGUUCGAGCAGUUCGAGUCAACGGUCGGCUUCAAGCUGGCCAACCACCGCGCGGCCAAGAAGCUGUGGAAGACGUGCGUCGAACAUCACACGUUCUUCAGACUGCUGAGUCCGGAGCCAGUGUCCCGUAGCACGCUGUUCCCCCGCCUCGGGUCCCGCUUCAGGUACAGCGGCCGCACGCUCCACGAGACGCGCAACGAGCACCCUCGGAGGACGCAGCCCACCUUCGCGAGGGCGCUCUCACACAGGAGGCUGAGCUCUAGGAGCGCUGACGCCUUGGCUUCAGGCGAUAAGGAGGAUAUGCCUCCAGAGGCGACCAAGCGUCACACCAUGCCGCCCCAGCCUGCGCCGCGCCCCACUGUUAAAGACAAGUUGCGGCGUCGCUCGGGAGGCGCGUCGUCCUCGGCCUCCUCGCUAGAGGGAGAAUACUGCGCGGAUAAGAAGCCGCCUCCCGGUGCCGUCCGCGUGAUGCCUGCGCCCGCCAGAUCCAAUGAAACUCCUGCCGAAAACGGUACUGAUACAACAAGCGACCCAGGGAUCACGAACAACGUGGAGACACCCAGGAAGAGCAAGGGAAGUUUCGGUCUGUUCGGUGGCAAGAAAGAGAAGUCUCCCAAAGAAGAGAAAUCGCCGAAGGAGAAGCCUAUCAAGAUUAAAGAGAAAUCGGAUAAAUCACCCAAAAGCAAAGACAAAUCUCCGAAAGAUAAGUCACCCAAGGACAAAGUUAAAGAUCCUAAAGCUAAAGUUGCUGUUCUGGAUACUUCAGAUGUGGUAUCAGAUAAUUCAGUUGAUAAAAGCCCGGUUAAAGACGAAAAACCGAGCUUCACUAAACCUUAUGAAUAUACAGAUACUGAAAAGAGUCCCACUCGCAAGGCGCUUACAAAAGGAGCAUUCAGUUACGACAAGGAACCAGUGUCGGACGAAAAACAGAGAGCUUUGGACGGCGCGCAGAGCCCCGGGACAAGGAAAGCUGGUCUGGCGUUCAAUUAUGCUCCCGGAGAGGAGAAAAAGGUUGCGGAGAGUGCUGAGAAACGAAAAACACCAGACGAUCUCAGUAAACUAAAAACACCAGGACUAGAUUACGUACAGUCAGCAGCUUUGAAAGAAACUGCCAAAUCGCCGAAGUCUAACUUAAUCGAUCCGACUCUAGCUCUCUUGGAUGCUGAAAGAGCUCACCAUGAGACGCCUGUGGCGAUUGCUCCUGUAGCAAAGAAAUCUGAUAACGAAAUACAGGUUGUUAUUAUAACUGGUAGAUACAAUCCGAAGACUAAGAAAUUAGAUGACGCCAACGGAACGAUCCUUGUCACUAAGGGAAGACUAGAUAAGUUGAAUAACAAAAUACAAACGGAGAAGGAACUUAUAAACACUAAGUCGGGUCAAAUUAACUACACCGACCCCACCACUGGCAAAGAAGAGGUCAAACACGGCCAUGUUGACUCUAAAACUGGCCAUAUACUGUUCACAUCGGGUGUGUUCGAUCCUAAAACUGGCAAACUGGACCCAACGUUGGCUCAACAGUACUGCUUCGUUGAAAAACUGGAAGACAAAGUUGGAAAUAAGCCUGGCAGAGAAGUCGAUUUGGUGGUCAUCACAGGCAAAUACGACGGUAAACAUAAGAAAUUAGACGCUUCUCACGGUCAUGUAGAAGUAUCUAAGGCCAUCGUUGCUCCAGACGGCACAGUUCACUCUAACUAUGGCUUGAUUGAUCCUCAAAAGGGUAAAAUUGACUUAAUCGACGUCAAAACAGGCAAACAGGAUCCCAAACAAGCCUAUGUUGACCAGAAAACUGGUAAUCUCUUAGUGACCACUGGCGUUCAUGAUCCUAAAUCGGGCAAAGUUGAUUCUUCACUCGGCCAACAAUUUAGUAUUGUCGAAAAAGAUGCUACAAAAGCAAACCGUGAAGUUAGAUUGGUUGUAGUGACAAGUAAAUAUGAUCUGAAGAACAAAAAGUUAGAACCCUCAUUUGCUCAUAUAGAUUCAAUUAAAGGAGUAUUGAGCGGAACAGAUGGUAAAAUAUAUACGGAGUAUGGCGUUAUUGAUCCCAGGACCGGUGAUAUACUAGUAACUGAUAGUAAAACUGGUAAACAAGAAAUUAAACGUGCAACUGUGGAUCCUAAGACGGGAAAUAUUCUUUUAUUGUCUGGUGUUAUUGACCCUAGGACAGGUCAACUAGACACAACACUCGGUCAACAAUACAGUAUUGUUGAUAAACCUACAGUGAACUUUGCCUCAUUGCCAGGGCGAGAAGUACAAGUAGUUGCCAUAACUGGGAAAUAUGAUGCUAAAAAUAAGAAACUCGACAAUCCGAACGGUUUUGUAGAAACAUCACAAGCCAUCGUGAGUGAUAAGGAUAGCAAAGUUCACACAAACUUUGGAAUUCUAGAUCCGAAUUCAGGGAAAAUAUAUUACACAGAUCCCAAAACCGGUAAGAGAGAUUCGAAACAAGCUAUUCUCGAUCCCAAGAAUGGCAGCCUCUUGCUCACAACUGGAGUUAUUGACCCGAAAACAGGUAAAACGGAUUCAUCUCUCGCCCAGCAACUUACUGUGGUAGAUAAAGAUGCGCCGCAAGGAAUACGUGAAAGACAGGUGAAUUUAGUAAUCGUCACUUCGAAAUACGAUCUAAAGAAUAAAAAACUUGAUUUGACGAACCCCCAUAUUAAUACCGUCACCGGAACUAUUGAUGAUGAUGACAAAGUCCAUACAGAAUUAGGAAUUAUAGAUCCUGCCACUGGACAAAUUACCAUCACUGACCCGGUCUCCGGAAAACAGGAAGUCAAAAAAGCAACCGUGGACUCAAAGACGGGUAACAUGUUGUUGACUUCUGGUGUUAUCGAUCCAAACACGGGUAUCGUCGACCCUACUCUAGGGCAGCAAUACUCAGUUGUUAAUAAACCAAAAGAUACAUUUGCGUCGAUUCCCGGCAAGGAAGUUCAACUGGUUAUUAUUACAAACAAAUAUGACCACAAAUAUAAAAGACUUGAUAAUCCCAACGGACAUAUCGAGACGUCGCGAGGUAUCGUUGCUGCGGACGGAAGAGUGCAUUCCAAUUUCGGUGUUUUAGACCCUAAAACGGGUAAGAUUGAGAAAGUUGAUCCUGUAACAGGCAAUUCGGAGGUAAAGAAUGCAAUCGCUGAUCCUAAGACGGGACAUCUCAUCCUUACAAGCGGUGUUGUUGACCCUAAAACUGGCAAAGUCGACUCGUCCUUGGCACAACAGAUCAACAUUGUUGACAAGAAUGCUAAACCGGUUGAAAGAGAAAUUCAUCUUGUUAUCAUUACCACGAAGUAUGACCCGAGAACAAAGAAGAUAGACCCAACACAAGGAACUGUAGAUACGGUCAGCGGAACUGUUGGACCUGAUGGUAAAAUUCGAACAGAAUUCGGUACAGUGGACCCAGCUACUGGCGAGAUUACAUUCACAGAUCCAAAGACUGGUAAGCAAGAUAUCAAGAAAGCUCAAGUGGAUCCAUCUACUGGUCAUAUGUUAGUAACCAGCCAAGUGGUCGAUCCUAAAACUGGAAAAGUAGAUCCUACGUUGGCACAACAGUAUAGCAUUGUAAACAAACCAGUUGUCGCUCAUGCGAAACCUCCAUCGAAGGGUGAAGUACGUUUGGUGAUAAUCACAAGUAAAUUUGAUCCUAAAACCAAAACUGUUGACGCUGGUGCUGGUACCGUAGAUGCCUCGAAGGGCUACGUUAGUGCUGAAGACGGAAAAAUACAUACAGACUUUGGCAUUAUCGAUCCCAAGUCUGGACAAAUUCUUUUCAAGGACCCCGUGACUGGAAAACAAGAACUUAAACAGGCUGACAUAGACCCCAAGACUGGACUUAUAACUGUCACCUCAUCUGUAGUUGAUCCUAAGACUGGCAAGGUUGAUUCAUCAUUCGCUCAACAGUUAGUGAUUGUUGAUAAGCAGAAUGUUAUGGCUAAGGUAGCACCACAGAGAGCUAGUGUAUCACCUGCUAGACAAACUCCCUCUCCUAUUAAGACUCCUAACACUACCCCUGUACACACACCAUUGCAAACUCCCGUCCGCACCACUGCCCCAGUAAUCGGCCAGCUACAAAAAGCUGCGCCUCCUACGCCCGUUCGUGCUGUCACACCGUCCAAACCUACUUCAGCACCUCCCGAACCGCCGAGGAGAAAAAUGGUUAAAAUUAUGAUUAUCUUCACUCGACUGGAUCCAAAGACGAAGAAACCUGAUUUCGUUACAGCAGAAGUUGAACACCUUGCAGGAGUUCUAGACCCGAACGGUUUAGUUGAAACUAAAUACGGUGUUAUUGAUACAAAGAAGGGAAAUAUCGUUGUUACUGAUACCGCUGGUCAAAAAUUAACAAAGGAUGGCUUAAUUCUAAACGAAACUGGACAAAUCUUUAUAAAUUCUGGUGCAAUUGAUCCAAAAACUGGUAAAAUUGAUCCAAAUAUGGGAAUGAUUGUAAGUAUGGCCAAGCAAGACGAUCCGGUAGUAGAAAUAACCACAAUUACUGGACCUGUAGAUGCUGUAACCGGUAAAAUACAUAUUGAGAACGGUGUCGUCGAACAUACAAAAGGAAAAGUUGACGCCGAAACUGGUAAUAUAUCUACCAAAUACGGUGUCAUCGAUCCUGCAAAUGGCGUAAUAUUUGUGACAGACACACACGGAACACAAGAUGCUAAAUCCAUUCAGAUUGAUGAGAACAAUGGCCAAAUUACAGUAAUAGGUGUUACAGAUCCUAAAACAGGAAAGAUCGAUCCAAAACUUGGACAAGUUCUGGUUGUUGGUAGCCAUAUCGACCCAGUGGUGGAAGUAACGACGUUUGUUGGUAAACUUGAUAAUAAGAAAGGUAUCAUCGAGCCCAAACAUUCGGUCAUUGAGAGUACAACAGGGCAACUGAAUCCGGACAAUAAUAUAAUAAACACUAAGUAUGGACAAAUCGAUCUUGUAAAGGGUACUGUUACGUACAAUGACCCCAAAACUGGUAGAUUUGAGAGCAAAGAAUUCAAAGUUGACCCUGUUACCGGUCAAUUUUUAUUACGCAGUGGUCAAGUGAACCCGAAGUCUGGUAAACCCGACAAGGACAUCGGAAGAUUGAUUUGUCUCAGAAUUAUCCAGACUAAAGUUGACCCUGUAACCGGGAAACAGCUUGUUUCCAAUGAUCCUAAGAACGUCAAAGUUGAUCCUAAAACAAAUCAAAUCUGGAUUGCGGGACCAAAGGACCCACAAACCGGAGAAGUCCUUUACACAGCGGGUCAAAUCGAUCCUAACACGGGUUACAUCAUCACAAUCUAUGGGCGCUUAGACCCUAAAACAGGAACUAUCACAAGAGCGACCGACAUCGACAAGGCUCUCAUUAAAAUAGACCCAAUCAACGGUCAAAUCUAUACAGCCACGGGUGACGUCGAUGAAAAUAACGAACCCCUCUACUCCGCAUCACAAGUUGACCCUGGCUCCGGAGAAAUUUACACAAAACUUGGCAAAAUCGAUCCAAGGACUGGCAAACUGAUCAUAAUUAGGAUUUAUGUCAUCACACAAAAGGACGAGAAGGGUCGUGUAAAAGAACUCGAUCCAAAAGAAUGUACUAUCGAUGAAACAACGGGCAGAAUCAUCACAACUAAGACCGUGUAUGUGUAUCAAAUAAUAGAUCCGAUCACCGGUGAGACGAUCGACGUAGAUCCAGACGAUCCCAGAUUGAAGGGAGCUAGGACCACGGUCACUCAGACGAUGACGCUCUCAGGAAAAAUAGACCCGAUCACUGGCAGAAUAAAGACGGAGUACGGUGACAUUGAUCCGGACACUGGUGACAUAGAUCCAAGCACGGCCGUCAGGGAUCCGGUCACCGGCCAGUUGAUCCUACAUUACUCUCAAAUAGAUCCGUCUCACUUCGAGGACAAGAGCGGAAACUAUACCAUCGAAAAGGAAACCCACGACCUACCAGCCAACAUUGACAUACAGACGGUCAACACGCACAAGUUCUCGACCUUCGGGAAGGACGAGAGUCCAGCCCGCGGGGAUGAACCCAAAACUUUCACAGAAUACACGACGAGCGAACACAUCAGGCAUCAGGGUUACGCGUCAUCCACCCCUAUAUCCUCUAAGAUCCCGAUUUCACAGCGAUCCAAAAAGACACCCACACCCCCCGUAGUCGUGAAAACAACCACCAAACAACUCCUCACCAAGAACGACGAGGGCGUCACUCACAACGUGGAACAAGAGGUCGAGCACCUGGGAACCGGAGAGGUGACCUUCUCCACACACACCAACAAGGCGGAAAGUUUAGAAGCGGAGGGCAAGAGCCCGUAUGUGACGGCUCGAGCCGUGACCACGAGGACGGCAACCACUCACCACGACCUCGACACUAAGGCAAGGACGCAACAGAUGGAGGAGAAGACCGUCGCUCACACCGUCACUUCCUCCGCUACCAGGCAGGAGCAGAGGGUAUUGACCCAGCAGGUCAAAACUACCGUCACUACCGGCGACCAGCUGACGAGAAGAGGCUCUCAAAGUUCAGUCAGCAGCGGUGACUCCGGCACUCCCAUAGACUUUGACGAGGGCUCCGAGGGUCACUAUUACACCGCUCCAGGCUCCUAUACAACUACAACAACCAGUUCAGUCGUCGGGAACGCGCCCUUCGGUGGAGUGUUACACGCGGCUAACGCUAGGAUGAGCUCGCCCCCUCCUCCCCCCUCCCCGCCGGCCGAGGGGGAGGUGGUGUCCUCGCAGACCAUCAGCUCCAAGACACGCACCGUGGAGACCAUCACUUAUAAGACGGAACGCAACGGCGUGGUGGAGACGCGCGUGGAGCAGAAGAUCACCAUACAGUCAGACGGAGACCCCAUCGACCACGACCGGGCGCUGGCUGAGGCUAUACAGGAGGCGACCGCCAUGAACCCGGACAUGACGGUCGAGAAGAUUGAGAUACAACAACAGAGCACCCAGCCGUAA